AUGGUGGACUUAGUUCUCAUAUCUUACGAUGUUAUCUUUGGUGUUUCACAGGCAAUCAGCAUUAAGUCUGUCUCUUUCUCUGGUUUAAGGAAGGAUAAUGUAGCCUUCCGCUUGCAGCCAGUGCCACAAAGAUUCGCAGUCUGCUGUCCUGCUAAAAAGGAGACUGUGGAUCGGGUUUGUGAUAUUGUCAAGAAGCAGCUUGCACUUCCUGAGGGCACUGAGGUCUGUGGCUCCUCUAAGUUUCAAGACCUCGGUGCUGAUUCGUUGGACACUGUUGAGAUUGUUAUGGGCCUUGAGGAGGCUUUCAAGAUCACUGUGGAGGAGUCGAGCGCGCAGUCAAUCGCAACUGUGGAAGAUGCUGCUAAUCUCAUAAGCGACAACCAGUUGGUACCUUGGGAGCGGGAAGGGCUGGUGCUUCUUACUACCCAGGUACCUGACAGAACGCUCGGGUCGGUCCUUCCCCAUUCGCUCGUUGGGCAGCGAUAGAUCGAAGCUGAAUCA